AUGGCCCCCGCUGAGGAGUCGGUUUUGCACGCUCAUAUGCGAGCAGCGCUUGACUCGAGACGACAACGGAGUAUCAUACGUCGUCCCCAUCCGGAUGCGUUUAUCCCCGCUCCUCAGAACUUGGUCGUCCAGCCUCCCAAACCGCUUAUCGACUUUUCCUCAAACGAUUAUCUUUCGCUGUCCACUUAUGCGCCUCUCCGAGACCAUUUCCUCGCAUCUCUCCGGUCCGCACCUCAGAUCCUGGGCUCUGGGGGGUCAAGACUCCUAGACGGGACACACGAAGCGCAUCUCAAGAUUGAGCAACGUCUAGCCAAAUUCUUCUGUCCUGAACCUCGUUAUCCGAGUCCGAACCCGACGGCGCUCUUGUUCAAUUCGGGCUUCGACGCCAAUGUCGCUCUCUUUUCCGUUCUUCCGCAGCCAGGGGACUGGAUCAUAUACGACGAGCUCGUACAUGCGUCGGUGCACGAUGGAAUGCGCUCGUCCCGCCUUGCUCAGAGCCGAAGGAUCGCGUUCAAGCAUAGUUGCGUGAGGAAUUUGGAAGCCAAGAUUCGGUAUGUGCUUAAUACCGAGUCGGAAAGGGGGCUUGGAGGGGGAAAGGGUACUAUUUUUGUCGCGCUCGAGGCGUUGUAUAGUAUGGACGGAGAUCUUGCGCCGUUGGGUUCUAUUUUGAAGACGGUCGAGUGCUUGGUCCCGCCCGAAAGACGGUGCGUGGUUGUGGACGAGGCGCAUUCGACUGGAGUUUAUGGAGACGGACGUGGAUGGGUCGAGCAGCUUGGGUUGGGAUCGAGAGUUCAUGUGCGACUGCAUACGUUUGGAAAGGCGAUGGCGAGUAGCGGUGGUAUUGUCAUUUGCGAUUCUCUCACGAGAGAGUAUUUGAUCAACUAUGCGCGGACGUUUAUAUUCACCACUGCACCGACAAUAGCGAAUGUGAUUGCGAUGGGGUGUUCGUUCGAUAUGGUCGAUAACGGGACAACUCAACGACUUGCAGCUCAAUUGUUCAAAAUCUCAACCCGAUUCACGACUGCAUUACGGACACGGCUUGAAAACAUCCCCCCACGAAUCAUGGCUCUCCCUCCCUUUCUCAAAUCAGAACCAACCCCUAUUGUCCCCAUCUUAACGCCCCACCCUCGACAACUCGCCCAACACCUCCGCGAACGUGGCUUUUUGGCCAGACCGAUCACACAUCCGACUGUUCCGAAGGGCGAAGAACGAGUUCGGGUAUGCCUUCAUGCCGCUAAUACCGAGGAAGAAGUUGAUGGAUUGGUUGAUGCGUUGCUGGAAUGGGCAGAGGAGAAGAGGUCGGGGCCGAGGUUGGGUGGGCGAUCAUUCCCCAUUGCUAAACUGUAA